CGAUAGCUGAUUGUAUAAGCAUGCAGUAAAUGUUUGCAGGCGGAAUAGUAGUGAGACGAAAUUAACAAUUAACGAUGGAAAAACUAGUGUGUUCCACCAUGAGAAUCGUGCAGAUGCAGAUGCCUCAGGCUGCCACAACUGGCGCUCGAAUGCUGGUGCCAGGUCUGCAGAAUACGCUUCAGAUGCAGCAGGUGCGCCAUCGCCAGACGAAGCACUGGAAGCCCGAGUUUAAGCGACUGCGCCGACAAAAAUUCAUCAAAAUUGAGCUACCCAAUUUGCAACAGAAGCCACAAGAUAUGAGCAAAGAGGAAAUGCGCAGCCGGAUGAAGGAACGCGGUGUGUUUCCGCCACGUCCAUGGAUGGAGCGUCCGUUCCACAUCAGUUGCACGGGCGGCAUAUUCGAGCCAUAUGUGCCUCCUGAGGGCGAUGGCAAAAAGUCCAUUAUAACAACGUCCGGGGCCAAGCAAAAAUUUGAAUUUCUCGAAAAGAAAUCGAAAAGCAUGCUGGCAGUGCGGAAAAUUCGCUCGUAUGAGGAGAGUUUUAGCAGCGACGAAUUUGGCUCCUACGCCCAAGACAUCUAUAUAUCUGCACACACGCAUAUGGCGGCCAAGGAGAAGUACAAAAUACGUGAAUUCGUCACUGAACGCUGUUAUCCAGAGAUGAUGCACAAUGUCAAGGACAAGACCAUUCACUGGCGUUUUCUGCAGUCGCUGGAACCACCUCGCCUCGUCCAUGCGCGUUGCACAGAAGUCAUAACCAAAGAGAACCAGUUUGCCCAGAUCACCGUGCGCUUUCACACACAACAAAUGCUGGCCAUUUACGAUCGCUUUGGCCGCCUAAUGCACGGCAGUGAGAUUCUUACCAAGGAUGUGCUGGAGUACGUUGUCUUUGAGAAGCACAUUUCCAAUGAGUACGGCCAAUGGCGAUUGCAUGACAAGAUCAUUCCCGAAUGGCUGCCGGCCAAGCAGCCGGCGCCCAUCACGUAUCGCAUCACAGACGACGUUGUCGAGGAGACCCCGCCCAAUCAGAUUAAUGCCGGUGAGCAGGCAAAGCAAUUAGAGCCCGGCAGCAGUCAGCAGCAAAAGGAUCAGGUUAAUAUGGCGACAACCACCGUAUCACCGACGGUCGAGCAAAUCUCCAAACCCACAUUGGCCAUUUGAUUGUACUUUUUGUGGGCUGCCUGGCGGCUCAGAAGAUUACACGUUAACGUUGUUCAAUGAUGUUGAGGAUAAGGAACCAAACCACUUGCAAACAUAUAUAUUUUAAACACA